GGAGAUCCACUGGAGCAAGAAGAGGGAGAAUUCUGAAAACUGAACUACUUGCUCCCUCGCUUUUUCAAAUAUGGGAGAAGUGAACAGAGAAAAGACCGGUCUGUUGGACAAGCCCUCCCUGGCGACCAGGACACCGAGCUUAUCCUCCGUCGGGGCUGUUUUUAUUCUGCUGAAAUCGGCCCUGGGAGCCGGACUCCUAAACUUUUCGUGGGCUUUCGGUCAAGCAGGCGGCAUCGGCCCAGCCUUACUCAUGGAGCUGGUGUCUCUAGUCUUCCUCAUUAGCGGCCUGGUCAUCCUGGCUUACGCCGCCUCCGUCAGCGGCCAGUCCACCUAUCAGGGUGUGGUCCGAGUGCUCUGUGGAUCGGCCAUUGGGAAGCUCUGCGAAAUCUGCUUCAUCGUGGAUAUGUUCAUGAUUUCUGUGGCCUUCCUGAAGGUCGUGGGGGAUCAGAUGGACAAAUUGGGUGACUUCUUCUUGUCAAAUGAAACCCUCAGUGGGAGUGUCUCAGCUGUCCCCCGGCCCUGGUACAUAGAUCAACGCUUUACGCUGUCCAUCCUCUGCAUCCUCAUCAUUUUCCCUCUCUCUGCGCCUCGGGAAAUCAGCUUCCAGAAAUAUACAAGCAUCCUAGGUACGCUGGCUGCCUCCUAUCUGAGCCUCGUCAUUGUGGUGAAGUAUUACCUGAAGCCCGACAGCCCCGCCCCUGAGCCCCGUCGGUCACCCAGGCCUUCCUCCUGGCUUGCUGUAUUUAAUGUAUUCCCCACCAUCUGCUUUGGAUUUCAGUGCCAUGAAGCCAGCAUAUCUAUCUACAGUAGCAUGUACAACCAAAACCUCUCCCAUUGGACCGUGGUGUCUGUGGCCGCCAUGCUGGCCUGCUGCCUCAUUUAUUCCCUGACAGGGCUCUACGGCUUUCUGACUUUUGGAGAUAAUGUUUCUGCUGAUGUGCUGAUGUCCUACCCAGGCAAUGACACCAUGGUCAUCGUGGCCCGCUUCCUGUUCGGGGUCUCUAUUGUGACGGUCUACCCCAUUGCGCUCCUCCUGGGCAGGUCCGUGAUCCAGGACUGCUGGCUGAGCUGCUCCAGUGUCUGGGGCAGUGGAGGGUCUGCGGACCCUUCAGGAACCUGGGUCCGAAUGCUGCUGACGGGCCUGUGGGUAGCCGCCACACUUCUGUUGGCUCUGUUUGUCCCAGACAUCGGGGAAGUCAUCAUGAUCACUGGGGGUAUCAGUGCCUUCUUCAUCUUCAUCUUCCCGGGCCUGUGUCUCAUCUGUGCAGUGGAUAUAGAGAACCUGGGGCCAAAAAUCAGAUCCUGCUUGAUCUUCUGGGGAGUGGUCUCCAUCUUAGCCGGUGCCUUUAUCUUUGGGCAGAGUACCAGUUCAGCCAUCUUGGAUCUGUUCUGAGUCUUUGCCUGGAUGUGAAUGUGGAGGCAAGAAAAAGCUGAGCAGAAGAAAUCCCUCGAGACAGACUUAGCCCUGGAAACCUUCUCUUGGGUUCCCUAUACUUAAUAGUAGGUGUGUGUGUGCACAUGUAUAUAUACACAGGCAUAACGCAUACAUGCACACAUAUGUAAAUACACCUGUGGUUCCUAGAUCCCCCCUUCUCCAUCUUGCCUCAGAUACCUGAUGUUCAUUGGCCAUUUUCUGGUUUUCUUCUUAAACAGAAUGAUGCUCUUGAGCAGCCCCACUUUUUACCUUGACAGAAUCUCUCAAUUUGUAACCUUAGUGAUAUUUAUUGUUUAGGAAAGUAGUAUUUGUUUUUUUAUCACCCUUUUAUGGGAAAAGAUAUUAUAUAUACAUAUAUACAUGUAUAAAAACUAUAUAUGUGUAUAUAUAUACACACAAAAAAACCAUCCUAACCAUAUGUCUACAUACAUGUAUACACACAUACAACGCCCCUGAAAACCAGGGAGUAAAAGGAGGGCAAUGAGACUUCCUUCUUUUACUUGUGGCCAGUUAAUGUGCCCUUAGUAAGUGUCUACUAUGAGUUAGGUAUAGAGAAUGCAGAGACAAAAAUGAAACUACCCAAUUCUUAAGGAACUUACAUUUUAUUGCAGAAUAGGGAGAAAGAUAAUGUUUAUGUAAAUAUUUAUAAACAAAAUAAAUAAAAGGUAAUUUCAGGGUAAACACCAAUAGUUUGGGGGACAAGACCUUCCAUAGAAGAUGGCACUUGAGG